CCCGGCCCCCGCCCCAACCCCGGCACCCUCCCCGACCCCAGCCCUGGGGCCAAUCCCAAGCCCGUCCCCACCCCCGCCCCCGGGCCUUCCCUCGUGCGCUGGACCCCCGAGACGGCGGGACACAAAGAACAUUCGUGGACCUGGGAAACGUUUCAGUAUUGGCUUCUGAGUGGGGAGUCCCACGUUACUCGAUGACUUUUGCCCGCGAAGGCUUUGGAUGGUGCGUUUGAAAAUACAGAAACUUUCCUUCACUCUAGGUGGCCAUGGCUACCGGGCAGGUGUUGUUCCAGCGGUUCUUCUACACCAAGUCCUUCGUGAAGCAUUCCAUGGAGCAUGUGUCAAUGGCCUGUGUUCACCUGGCUUCCAAGAUAGAAGAGGCUCCGAGACGCAUACGCGACGUCAUCAACGUGUUUCACCGCCUCCGCCAGCUGAGGGAGAAAAAGAAGCCUGUGCCUCUACUACUGGAUCAAGAUUAUGUUAAUUUAAAGAACCAAAUUAUAAAGGCGGAAAGACGAGUUCUCAAAGAGCUGGGUUUCUGCGUCCAUGUGAAGCACCCUCACAAGGUGGGUGUGCGGCUCCCGCCCUGAGAGCCUGCGCAGACCACUGCUGCAGCCUGGCCUCCUCUCCACCUCAGUGCGGCUGAAGGCUGUGACAGGCACUGAGUGCAUCCCUGACUCGACUUCCCACUUUACACCCGCAAUUCAAAAACAGUUCCUGAUGCGUUAGUCUUCCAGGGUUAGCUGUUUAUCUUAGCAACACAUUUAUAAGAGUUUUGGAAAUGGCAUGACUUAAGUUUGGGCUUUCAAAAAUAGUGGUGAGUUUGUUAAAAUUAAAUUUGUUAGUAUAUGUUUUUCUGGAGUGCCAUGGCACAAUCUCUGCUCUCUGCAACCU